AUGAGCCUCAGUAACUCGGAAAAGGAUCUGUGUAGGCGUGUGGGAAUGCAACAACGCUCACACGCCCUCUCCCCAGGCAACAGCGCUCACAUUCAAUCACCCUCACGUUCCUGUUCCGCCCACAAAACAGCGCCCUUUCAUCCCAGUGCGCACAACUGCCCCUACACGCCUUUCCCCAGGCAAAUCACGCCCACACCCCCACAUUCCGCCACACCCCGUUUCCCCAGGCAACAAACGCCCAACACCCACCAGCGUUCCGCCACACGCCUUCUCCCCAGGUCAAACAAGCGCCCACAUCCCGCCACGUUCCGUCCACUACGCCCCUUCCCAGGCAAACAACGCCCCACACCCUCAACUUCCCGCCCACAACGCCCUUUCCCCCAGUGCAAAACGCCCACAGCCCUCACGUUCCUUUUCCACACGCCUUUCCCAGCAACACACCCACAUCCCUCUCGUUCCAUUUCCCCCAACAAUCUGCCCUCGUCCCCAGCAACAACGCCCACACUACUCACGUUCCUCCACCACGCCCUCUCGCCCAGGCAACUAACGCCCACACCGCACACGUUCCUUUUCCGCCCACACGCCCUCUCCCCCAGGCAACAAACGCCCACACGGUUGGCUCUUUCCCCAGGCCAUACAAUCGCCCACACGCCUCUCCCCAGGCAAAACGCCCACACCCCGACGUUCCGCCACACGCCCUUCCUCCAGGCAACCACGCCCACACGCCCUUUUCCCCAGCAACAACGCCACACGCCCUCUCCCCAGGCAAGCAACGCCAACACCUACGUUCCGCACAACACGCCCUUCCCAGGCAACACGCCACACUGCCCUUUCCCAGCAACAACGCCACAACGCCCUUUCCCCCAGGCAUACAACGCCCACACGCCCUCUCCCGCAGCAACAAACGCCCACACCCCCACGUCCUUUUCCGCCACUCGCCCUUUCCCCCCAGGCCACAACGCCCCACAGCAGUACAUGACGCCUUUCCCCAGGCAACAGAACGCCCACCACCGCCCUUUCCCCGCAGGCAACCCCACACGCCCUUUCCCCAGGCCAACAACGCCCCACACCCCUCACCAGGCAACAACGCCCCAGCCCUUUUCCCCCACGGCGCCCUCUCCCCAGGCAACAACGCCCACACCCCACCGGUUCCUUUUCCCCACACGCCCUCUCCCAGCGAACAACGCCCACACCCUCACGUCCUUUUCCCCCGCACGCACCUCUCCAGGCAACAAGCGUCCCACGCCCUCUGUUCCCCCCACACGCCCUCUCCCAGACAACUCGCCCACCACGCCCUCUCCACUCAGCAACAACGCCACCCUCUCGUUGUUCCCCCCAACGCCCCUCUCCCAUGGCACAACGCCCACACCCCCAACGCGUCCGCCCACACGCCCUCGUCCCCAGGCAACAACGCCCACACCCCCACUUCCUUUCCCCCACACGCCCUCUCCCCAGGCAACAACGCCCCACAACCCCCUUCGUUUCGCCCACUACGCCCUUUCCCCAGGCAUACAACGCCCACAAACGCCCUUCACCCACGUUCCGGCCCAACACGCCCUCUCCUCCAGGCAACAACGCCCACAGCCUCACGUUUCCUUUUCCGCCCACACGCCCUCUCCCCAGGCAACAACGCCCACACCCCCACGUUCCUUUUCCCCCACACGCCCUCUCCCCAGGCAACAACGCCCAACCCCACGUUCCUUUUCCGCCCACACGCCCUCUCCCCAGGCAACAACGCCCACACCCCCACGUCCUUUCCCCCCACACGCCCUUUUCCCCAGGCAAACGCCCAACGCCCACACGCCCUUUCCCCAGGCAACAACGCCACACCUCCCCUUUCCAAGGCAACAACGCCCAACACGCCCUUCCCCAGUCAACAACGGCCACACGCCCCUUUCCCCAGCAACAACGCCACACCCCCACGUUCCGCCCACACGCCCUCUCCCCAGGCAACAACGCCCACACCCUCACGUUCCUUUUCCCCCACACGCCCUCUCCCCAGGCAACAACGCCCACACCCCCACGUUCCGCCCACACGCCCUUUCCCCAGGCAACAACGCCCCACAGCUCCCACUUCUGUCCAAUUUUACCCCCGACUCAGAAAGUGUGCUACGGUUGCUUGCUUUGGCUCAUAGUCCGGGGGUACAAGGGGGAAGCGGGAAGGCGUCUCAAGAAUGCAAGGGAACACGACGAGUCUUCAAGGGGCCGAUCGAUGCCCCAACAGCUGCACCAUCCGUGGCAGACGCGGCAGCAGUAAUAGCAGCAGCAGAAUUCAAUGUGUCAGAACCAGUAUCUCAGUAUGAGCACACGUUUGCUGAGAGAAUUCAUCAGAUUACCUGGAAUCUAGGUUUCCUUACCCCAUUCAAAAAUGUUAUUCCCCAAGUAGAGCAGCAGUAUCCUUACUAUCUUCCAACUUGCAAAAGAAACACCAUUGAUGAAAUGUAG